AUGGCGGAUCAACAGAAGGUGGAGGGGACAGGGUGGGAGAAGCUGCCCCCGCUUCUCACGUCAGGAGGGGAAGCUGGUGGGGAGGUGUGGUGGGGUCUCACCGGGCUGACAUCCUGCCUGUCCUUCCAGACGAGCGCGGUGCUGUGCGCGGGUGGCUGCGUCCUGCUGGCCCUGAGCUCCCUGCUGGCCCUGCUCGCCCUCCUGCUGCCCAGCGGAGCCUGCGAGAGGCGCGUCUGCACCCUGGCUGGCUACAUGCAGACAGCUGCAGUGUUCAUAAUGGCUUCUGGACUUUUGGUUUACCCUUUUGGUUUCAACUCUGCUACUGUGAAGAGAUUCUGUGAGAAUUCAGACAUCUACUAUGCAGGAGACUGCCAGAUUGGCUGGGGGUACAUGCUGGCAAUUGUUGGGGUAAUGUUGUCUGUCUUUUUACCGUUCUUUGCAAAAUAUGCACCAAAAGAGCACACAUCUCCAACUCCACUACCUACUAUUUUAUAGUAUUUUAUUACUAAGAACAGAACGUUCCUGUCUACAGGCAAUGGGCAGAAAUUCUUAUAGCACUUCCAUGUAGCUGUAUUGC